CGGGGCCUCCACCAUGGCGACGGUGCUGUCCCGGGCGCUCAAGCUGCCGGGCAAGAAGAGCCCGGAUCUGGGGGAGUAUGACCCGCUCACGCAGGCGGACAGCGACGAGAGCGAGGAUGACCUGGUGCUGGCCACGCCGCAGAAGAAUGGCGGCGUGAAGAACGGCCAGGGCCCCCGGGGAGAGGCCCCCGACUCGGAUGUGGAGGGCGUGGGGCCCGCUCCACCCCGUGCCCCCGAGGCUGGCGCCCAGGGCUUCCCGGCCGAGCCCCCCGGGGGCCUGGAGCCCAAGGUGGCUGGCUCGCUGGCUGCCUGCGUGCGCACGGCCGUCUUCCUGCUCACCCUGCUCCUGUCCAUGGUGCUGGUGCUGCUGUGCGCUUUCCUCAUCCCCUGCCCGCCGCGAGACCUGCACAGCACCUGGAUCCGACGCCUGGCCGCCGGUGCAGGAGGGGACCUGGCUCCUCUGGACCUGGCCGACGUGAAUGGGGACGGCCUGCGGGACGUGCUGCUGGCCCUGGUGAGGCCCGGGAACCGCAGCGCGGGAGGUGGCCCGGGCUCCGGCCCCAGUGCUCAUCUGCUGUGCCUGUCCGGCAUGAACGGCAGCACGCUGUGGUCCACGCCCCUCCCGGAGGAGGCCCAGCACGUGGCUUGCGUGGACCUGGAGCCGGGGCGCGGGGCCGAGGCGCUCUGCCUGGUGACGGGAUCGCGCCGGGCGCUCGGGGCCUACAGGGCCGCGUCAGGUGAGGCCGUGUGGACGCUCCGUCCUGAGCACCUGGCCAAUGGCACCCUGGCAGCGCCCGCGGCGCUCCUGCCGGACCUGGACGGGGACGGCGCCCGGGACCUGCUGCUGCUGGCCGUGGGGGACGCGCAGCCCGACCUGUGCUUUCUGCUGGUCUCCGGCCGCGCGGGGACCCCCGUGGGGCGCGCCGUGCGCUACGACGGUGUGGGGGUGGGCAACCUCAUCGGCCCCCAGCUCUACACCACCGCCAGCGGGGCCGUCUACGUGCUGUUCGGCUUCGGAAACAUCCAGGCGGUGGCCCUGCGCGACCUGCUCCUGCAGGCCCAGAGCCCGGGGCCCCUGCCCGCAUCCCUGCAGGCGGCGGAGCCGGCCUGGGAGCGGCGGCGCGCGGCCAACGCGUCGGAGCUCAUCCCCGUGUACAGCGACGGCGUGGAGCAGCUCCAGGUGGUGAAGGCCCUGGACUCGAACGGCAGCGACCUCCUCCUCACCACCAGGCAGGGCCUGGUCCUGCUGGCCGGGCAGAGCCUCGUGCCGCGCUGGAUGCUGCGCCUCCCGGGCCUGCGCAGCCAGCCCACGCCCGGCUACUUCACCGACGACCAGACGCUGGACUUCCUCCUGCAGCUCAGCGACAGCACUGGGGUGCGCAAGAUGCUUGUGGUGGACGGUCAGUCUGGCUCUGUCGCCUGGAACCACAGCGCCCCCUGCCGCAUGGCGGACACGCCCACCGCCGCUGCCCUGACCGCCGAGCUGAAGUCCGUCUUCCUCUUCUGGGCAGAGGCACCGGCCGAGCCUUCUCCCACCUCCGUGACCAGGAGGCAGCACCCCCCCUCAUGCCGGCGGCCUCUCCCAGUGGGCGUCAACGACGUGUGGAAGGACGCCUUCUAUGUGACCAGGGCUGCAGAGCCGCGCCCCGACGGCCGCCCGCGGGCCCUGGCGGUCAGCAAGCUGAGCCUGCGCUGGGCGCUCAUGGAGGGCAGAGUGCUGCCGCUGCGCGACACCGCCCCCGGCACCGGCCGCGGGCAGCUGCGGAGGUUCCUGUCCCGCAUCAAGUUUGUGGAUUCGCCCCCGCAGGUCUAGCCAGAUGGGCUGCAGUGGAGAGCCGAGUGGGUGGCCCCCGCUGUCAUGAGCACUGCUCUGGGAGCCGGGGCCUGUUUAUCGCCCGGUCGGUGCACUCCAGCCCUGACCGGCUCCUUCCCGCGCGAGCCCCCAGGAACUUUGUGGACAGACUUGAGAAAUGUGAAUCUUACGGGGUUUUAUUUUAUUUU